AUGUCGGUGUUCCACGACGAGGUGGAGAUCGAGGACUUCGCGUACGAGGAAGAGACCGGGACCUACAGCUGUCCCUGCCCCUGCGGGGUCCGAAUCCUCAUCAGGCGGGAGAACCUGGAAUGCGGGGAGGACGUGGCCACUUGUACCAGCUACACCACCUGA